AUGAGCCGAGCAGUUACAUACAAAACCGACCCAAACUUUCCAAAAGUGGGCGUGGCCUAUAAUGCGCGACUCGGCAACCCAGCAGGAAGUUACUUCGAUGAUCUAUGGAUGGGUUGGGAAUCGGCUCUCUGGGGAAGAUCCAUCCGAGUCAUACGAAAAAAAGGAGGCGUGGCUAGACAGCCGCGUCGCGCGCGACUCGGCUAA